AUGCCUGAUGUUAAUGCUGUUCUUAAACAUAUGAAAGAAUUUUGUGAUCAAAUAAUUAGUGGCCAAUGGACUGGUUAUACUGGUGAAAAAAUUACGGAUGUUGUUAAUAUUGGAAUUGGUGGUUCUGAUUUGGUUCUUAAAAAAGUCAAUCCAGCAACCGUUCUUUUCAUUAUUGCUUCAAAAACGUUUACAACACAGGAGACAAUUACAAAUGCGGAAUCUGCUCGUGAAUGGUUCGUGACGAAAGCAGGUGAUGCUAAACAUGUUGCUAAACAUUUUGUUGCUCUUUCUACAAAUGCAACUAAAGUCAAGGAAUUUGGUAUUUCUGAAGAGAAUAUGUUCGAAUUUUGGGAUUGGGUUGGUGGUCGUUACUCUCUUUGGUCUGCAAUUGGUCUCUCAAUUGCUGUUCACAUUGGAUUUGAAAAUUUUGAACAAUUGCUUGACGGUGCUUUUCUUGUUGAUAAACAUUUUUGUCAAACACCGCUUGAAUCUAAUAUUCCUGUAGUUCUGGCCGUUUUGGGAAUUCUCUACAUAAAUUUACAUAAAGCUGAGACACUUGCUUUAUUGCCCUAUGAUCAAUAUAUGCAUCGCUUUGCUGCCUAUUUCCAACAAGGAGAUAUGGAAAGUAAUGGAAAAAGUGUUUUGAGAAAUGGCUCUGGAACUUUGUUACAAACAGGACCAAUAGUUUGGGGAGAACCUGGAACUAAUGGACAGCAUGCUUUUUAUCAAUUAAUCCAUCAAGGAAAGCAUUUGAUUCCCUGUGAUUUUAUUGCACCAAUUCAAAGUUUGAAUCCAAUUAGUGGAGGUCGUCACCAUACGAUUUUACUUGCCAAUUUUUUGGCACAAACUGAAGCUUUAAUGAAAGGAAAAUCUUCUGAAGAAGUAGAAAGUGAACUUAAACAAUCUGGAAUGGACGAAACAAAAAUUAAAGAAAUUUUGCCACACAAGGUUUUUGAAGGCAAUCGACCUACAAACACUUUACUUUUGCCCAAAAUUACUCCAAAUACAUUGGGCUCUUUAAUUGCAAUAUAUGAACACAAAAUUUUUGUUCAAGGAAUUAUUUGGGGAAUUAAUUCUUUUGAUCAAUGGGGUGUUGAAUUAGGCAAACAAUUAGCUAAAGUAAUCCAAUCAGAAUUACAAAAAGAAGACAAUGAACCAAUAACUACACAUGACUCUAGCACUAAUGCUUUAAUUAAUUUAAUUAAAAAUUACAAGGAUUGA